GUCAAAUAAAAAGAUCUGGUAACAACAGGCACGCAGUAUUGACUUCCACAUCUCCCUCUUUGACUGCUAACCUCAAGCCUCAAACCAAGUUGCCUCAACAAGGAACCAGUCUUCACCUUGUCCGCCAAUCAAAAGAGUAUCCCGCCCGCCAUGUCAUCCAAGCUCGAAAGUCAAGCUUCGUCUGAAGGGUCUAUGCUUGGCUUCAUGCGUCGUCAAUUUGAAAAACCCAAGCCUGUGCCCGAUGGGGUCGACCUCAACGGACAAGUAGCGAUUAUUACAGGCAGCAAUUCAGGACUUGGCUUCGAGGCUUCGAGGCAGUUCCUCAGGCUUGGGAUCUCGCAUCUCAUCAUGGGCGUUCGCUCACAGGCCAAGGGAGACACAGCCGCGGAGAAGCUGCGAGGAGAGUUUCCAGAGGCCACGGUCUCCGUCUGGACGCUCGACAUGGAAUCAUACGAUUCGAUCCGGUCCUUCGCCGACCGGUGCCAGACGCUCCCACGCAUCGACAUCGUCGUUCUCAACGCCGGCGUGCAGAAACCGUCCUUCGCCACUGUCGCAGGGACCAACCACGAGGCCAUGCUGCAGGUCAACUACCUCUCCACGGCGCUGCUGGCAAUCCUGCUCCUCCCUGUGCUCAAGUCGAAGAAGGCCUCCGCUGGCGCCAUCAGGCCACCAACGCUCAGCCUCGUCGGCUCCGACCUUGCUUACAUGUACCCUGUAGAUAUGGACAACAAAUCCCCGAUUCUGCAGCAGUUUGACAACCCCAAGGCGUUCGACCAGCUGCCGACGUAUUCCAAGACAAAGUUGCUGGUCCUGCUCUUUGUGUCCAAGCUUGCCGACUAUGUUGACCCCGAGGAAGUGCUCGUCAACGUAACGAACCCCAGCAUGACUAAAGGCACACAGAUGUUCCAAAACAACCCGGUGUACUUCCAGAAGAUCAUGGGCGUGCUCAACAGCAUGAUGGGGAGGCCCGUCGAGGUUGCCGCGUCAAAUUAUGUUCAUUCAACUGUCGUCCUGGGCAAAGAGAGCCAUGGGUCAUUCACGGCCAACUGGACCAUUAAGCCAUACCCGAAGACAUGGUACACAGGCAAGGGGCGCGAGUACCUGCAAAGGUUGUGGGAAGAGACUUUGGGCGAACUGGACUUCUGUGGGGCAAGGAAGCUCAUAGAGGGGUUGAGCACGUCUUGAUGACUACGUGCUAUUUAUUGCUGGCUGGGUCACGUUUUCAAACAUGGUGCGGUUAGCUGUGGUGAUUUGAGGUCUAUUAGUGGUGUACCUUAGCUUUCAACUCGGGGCCAAGGACAUGGUAAUUAGCAGCGGAAAUUUCACUAAUAUAUCUAUGCAAACAUCCACGAAUCGGAGGGAUAUAUUCAUUCAGGUAUCCUGAAAAGCAUAACCCGCACAUCAGCUACCUCGGCCUCACCCUAAGAUAUAAACAGACAUCUCUCGUAGUAUAGUAGCUAGUAUGUACACUGCUGUGUUUUUUUCUUAAUGAUAGCUUAUAUAUGAUGUUUAGAUGAAGUAUAUGCGGGCUAGAUGCUGCUAUUUUUUACUUA